AUGGGGAUGCUAAGUGUAAGCUGGUGGUUGCUGUCACUGCCCCUUUUAUGCCAAACUUUGCCAAGCAAAGUUGGGGAUAGGGAUCUAGAAUGGGCAGGAGAGGAUAGGAUAGAAGAACCCAGUCUUCAGCAAGUAGUGUUAAACGAAACCGGGAAUCCCGAUGACGCACAAGAUGCUUUGCAGAACCUUGAAUGUGGGCUGAAAGAGAGUCAAGAAUCUGGACCUGGCUGGGGCAAUCUGGAGACACAUGGAGUUUUCAGAAACCUUGAGAAUGUGUUCCUGGAUGGAGUCAAACAAGAAUCAUGGGAAACGGGAAACCUGGACAAGUUUGGGAUGUGCACAGAUGAUAAGCCAUUAGCCACGCUAACAACAAUGAAACACCUUGCAAAUGUUCUCACAGAGCCUCAAGGGAAGCAUUUGGUGGUCCUUCACCUGGACAAAUUGGAGUGGGAGCCCAGCACCAGCCUGCAGUUUAUGGGUACAGUACAAGAACACAUCUUACCCUUGAUACAACAUUCUCACAUGUUGAUGCUUGUCUUUUACCUGGACACACAAAAGCGCAAUGCCAAGAGCCACACAUCCAAAAUUCUUGUAUCGGUGGAAGGUGAUCCACAUGGCCAGGUUGUCUGCAUGUCGUCGGACACUCACUAUCUCAUCCUAAGAGUCAGAGAGAAUGUGAGGAAUAUCAUUUCUCAGGAUCUGCAAAUACGCCUAUGUGUUCAUAUGAAAGAUCAUUCAAACGGACUUGCAUUAUCAAAAACUGAAGCUCAGAGGCUUUUCUUCGGUACAGACAAGUGUCUCACCAAGAUGUAUCCAGCUUUAUUCAUGGUUGUAGGACACAAGCACCAAGCAGCAGCUUCCCUCUCAGUCCCUGGUGGUGCUGACCAUGGGAACAUUGAUAUCAGUUUGCAAGGAAGCAUGGCAACUGUUCCUGCUGUUGAGAAAGAUGAAUUUUUGGAGACCCUGUCCCACUUUUCAUCAAUAAUGCUGAGGUCUAAAGGUAAAGCUGCAUCCACUAUCCACCUUCCACUUGACCCUACCGAUCACAGCCUUGGAGACUUGCGUCCUCAUCUCUUCAACGUUACAGAGGUUGAAGCAUUGGAGUGGUUGGUUGAGUCUCAAGAGCCAUUGGUUUUUCUCUUUCUACCAGGGAGUAAAUGUCUGUUGGCCACUAGAUUCCAAGAGAAAUUGGAUGGGGCAUUGCUAGAGAGAAUGACAGUGAAAAUUCAGAAUAUCUUGGAAGAAUUAGAAGAGCUCUUAUCCGGAGGAGAACAUGUCCAAAUUCUUCAACAUCUUUUAAGUUUUUGCCAUGGCACCUUUAACAUUAGUUAUUUGUCCACAGAAGAGAAUUUGCCCCAGUUGGGGAAAGGCCAGCACAGGAAGCUUCAUUCACUGAUGCUUCUCAAAGCCUUGCAGACCAUACGUUCUUAUUGGCAAGACCGCACAAAGUUAUCCAGGCAACACCGGGGGGCUGGAGUCAAACCUCACUGUCGCCUCCAGGAAUUAAUCAUCAACCUUAGACCAUAUGCAGAAUAUAAGAACAUUCACCACCCAGAUAAAAUAAACAUAAACAAUUGUGUGGGACCUUGCCAUUUCCCACAAACGACCCAGAGUGAUUACCAGGCCCAUGUUGUUCUGCUAAUCCAGCUCCAGGAGAGAAGGCAAUUGGAUCUUAGUAGACCCCCCUGCUGUGUACCUGUGAAAUACCAAGGACAAUGGCUUAUGGUAGCAGAUGAAAACGGCCUUAGGCUUCAACUUUAUCCUAACAUGGUUGCCAAAGAAUGUGGCUGCCGAUAA